UUAUUAUUAUUAUUACAACUACUACUAGAAGGGCCACUGGACACUGAUAUUAUUAUUAUUAUCAUCAUCAUCAUCAUCAUCAUCAGAAUGGUCAAUGUGCCAUUGUGCAAACAUUUAUAUUAUUAUUAUUAUUAUUAUUAUUAUUAUUACAACAACUACUACUAAUACUAUUACUACUACUAGAAGGGCCACUGGACACUGAUACUAUUAUUAUUAUUAUUAUGACACAGCAAACAAACCUGAAAGGAAGGCCUAAAUUGGCCCGUGCUUAGUGUAGACUCAUAAUCCAGUUCAAAGCAGAUCAUGUGGAUUAUCUGCUUUGAUGUUCUGGAUUAUAGGACAGUGUAGAUGGGGCCUUUGGCUUAAAUAGUAGCAUCAAUAUGUCUGAACUGGAUUACUGUAUAUACUUGAGUAUAAACCCAGUUUUUCAGCCCUUUUUUAGGACCGAAAAAGCCCCCCUCGGCUUACACUCGAGUGAGGGUCCUGGUCGUCUUAUACUCGAGUAUAUAUGACACGUUUAUUAUUUUUCUCUUAUUAUUAUUGGUAUUAUUACAUUUAUUAUUUAUUUUAUUUAUUUAUUUCCGAUAUUUCUAUCCCGCCCUUCUCCCCCGAGGGGAUUCAGGGCGGCUUACACAACUGGCAGGAUCACUCCCAGUAUAUCAUAAUACAAUAAAAUAAUAAAACAGUUAAAAUAGUUAAAUAACAUAAUAAAGUACAAUAUAUAAAAGAUAUAACAUAGUGCAACGCCGAAUAUAUAUAUAUGCCAAUCAUCCAUCAGACCUUGUGCAAGAGCCUUAAUCCAAUCCAUGUCAACGCUAACUGAAUUCAUUCAUUAAACGCUUGCACACAUAUCAUAGAAUCAUAGAAUAGUAGAGUUGACAUAUGAUUAUUGUUACUAUUGCAUUUACUUUACUCUGUUUUUAUUAUUAUUAAUACAUUUAUUAUUUCACCCUGAUAUUAUUAUUGUUAUUACAUUUAUUGUUUUACUCUAUGAUUAUUGUCACUAUUACAUUUAUUUUACUCUAUUUUUAUUAUUAUUAAUACAUUUAUUAUUUCACCCUGAUAUUAUUAUUGUUAUUACAUUUAUUGUUUUACCCUAUUGUUACAUUUAUUAUUUUACCCUAUUAUUAUUAAAAGGGUACAUAAGGGCAUUUACAUGGAAGAAGAUGAGAAUAAUGAUUCAAUCAGAGUUGGAGGGUCUUAUCUUAAAUUAGAGUUUUAUGUAAAUAUUCAAAAACAUUUAACCUACCAAUGCCUCCGUUAAUGUAAUUUUAUUGGUAUCUAUUUUUAUUUCUGAAAUUUACCACCCUCGGCUUAUACUUGAGUCAAUGUUUUCCCAGUUUUCUUGUGGUAAAAUUAGGCGCCUCGGCUUAUAUUCAGGUUGGCUUAUACUUGAGUAUAUACGGUAUAUUAAUUUUAGGCCUGUGCUGGUGUUGGCGGCUGCUUUUUCAGGAUCAUGGCAUUGGCUGCGAUGCCUGGAGAACUGCACCGGAAGGUAGUCCAGGCGGCACUGAUGUGGCUCAUGGCAAAUUCUGCAGUGCUGGCGCCAUGCCCCUCGAGGUGGGUCCCGUACAGGGAGGAACUUUGCCUCUUCCUCCCGCCUGCGCCUGCUCUUUCAUGGGAUGAAGCCAGGGUCUUCUGCCAGGACCAGAGGGCACAGCUUGUUGUCAUCAAGGACCACAAUAAGCAGAUGUUCCUGACGGACCUCAUCGCCAGACUCGGGGGCCAAGGUUCGCCUUAUUGGAUAGGGCUGGCCUGGCAGGAGGCGAGCGCCCAGCUCACCUGGGUGGAUGGGACGCCAGCAUCAAAGAACUGGUACAGUAACUGGCUGCUGGGCCAUCCCAAAAAGGAGCGCUGUGUGCAGCUUGUGGGCAUCUACAUGGGUCAAUGGAGAGACUGGGACUGCAGUACCAAGAGCACCUUCAUCUGCGAGAUGCCCGUGAAAGAUGCCUUUCCCGGCUCUGUCCGAAAGGUGCGCUUCCGCUCUCACUGCUACGCGUUCCACUUCCCCUCUUUCCGGGAGUGGAGGUCCUGGAGAGAGGCCCAGGCGCUGUGCCAGGAGUCUGGGGAGAACUUGGUUGUCAUCCACCAGGAAGAGGAGAAUGCCUUCCUCUCAGACGCUUUUCCGGAAAACGGUUGGCACAUGUGGAUUGGGCUCCGCUUAGGCACCAACUGGAGGUGGACUGACUCAUCGGCCCCUGACUAUUUGCGGUGGCAUCCAGAAAAGGUCCCAUCGAAGAAGCGGGACCAGUGUGCUGUGCUGAGCCUCCAGGCUGCCAAUGUGGCUCAUCACGGAGCGUGGGAAACCAGGCCUUGCAGUGUGCGCCCCAAAAGUGAGGUCACAGGGUUCAUCUGCCAGCACAGAUAUGAUUUUUGUGGCCUACCCGGGUUUGUGCGCUUCCCUCUCCCUGGCGGCAUGGGCCCACAGGCCACAGCAGACAUCACCUUCUCCUUGGCUGCCAAUUCCACCUGCUUUCUAUCCUUGACUGGCCUCCGUGCCAACACCAGCACCACCCUUUUCUGGCUCAUCCUCCGCACCAACGGCACCCGGGUGCAGGGCAGCAUUCUCUCUGAACUUGGGGGCGUUUCUGUGCACAAGAAUGUCCCUCGCACCUCCUUCUCUCCGGGGCUCAACACUUGGACCUUCAUCACCUACUCGAACGGGGCAGCCAGCUACCUCAACCACCAGGAACACUUCCGACUCUCAGGCCCCCGCGGCAUUUCUUUUGCACAUCUCAGCUCUUUGCAGAUAACUGGAGCAACUGUGGACAAUGCCUCUCUAGAGUACGGCCUCUCGUCGGAGCUGCACUUCCCUGGCAGCAGCGGCCUGCAGCUGGAGAAUGCCAUCCAGUCAUACCUGGGCAACUUCUCUGUGGCACUCUGGCUCCGAAGCUCCGCCACUCGGGCUCCCAAGAUGUGCCUGGUCAGCUACUCCCUGAAGUGGAGGCGACCGGAGUUUGCGCUCUUCCUUCUCUCCCCAUCCGGACUGGAAUUCCACAUCAAGGGGGCCACCCUGUUCAGCGGCACGCGUGGCUUCCUUCUGGACGGGUCCUGGCACCACUUGGUUGUCUCCGUCUCCAACGCUCCUGGUUGGCCCCCCUUCAUGGUCUUUGUGGAUGGAGAGCCCUGGGAGCCCUAUUUCACAGCACCCGCCAGUGUUUUCCUGUGGAGGGGCCUUGCGCUGGGAGGCAGGCUGAGUGUCGGGCAGCUGGAGGAGGACAACAGGGGGACCUACUUCUUCGAGGGAGACCUGAGCGAAGUGAACCUGUGGGACAGAGCUCUCUCACGGCCUUCAGUGAGGCAACUGGCAGCUUCAAGGACCAAGUGGAAGUUCCCAGGGAACGUGGUGAGCUGGGCCCAGCUGUCGGCAGAGAGGCCUCCCCCGGUGCAGCCCCUCGCUCCAAGUGACCAGCCAGAGGCUGCCUUCAUGUGGUUUGGCCUCCUCCGGCUCAGAGGGAAGCAUUCGGUCCUGUGUGCAGAUCCGGCGCAGCUCCUGGUCUCCAUCGUGCCCCUUCUGGCCCAGUGCCCCAGCGGGGCCUUCUGGGGGCUGCAGCUGAACGGGCGGCUGCGCAGCAUGGCCAACCUACCUUCCUGCCUCCUGGUGGCUGUGGAUGGAGCCUUCUUGAGGAGCAGCUGGAACUGUUCUGCGGAGGCCCGGCAUUCCUUCCGCCUCUUGCCGGACCAGCGCCUGCAGAGCCUGCAGUCCGGCUUCUGCGUGUUUCAAGACCUCAGGAGCACCCAACUGCUCUUGAAGAAAUGCAGCCCACAAGCCUUGUAUUUUGUCUUGGAUUGGGACUUGCGCUGCCCCCGGAGCCCGGGCUGGAGGUCCUGGAAAGACAAGUGCCUCUUCCUAGUCCUGGAUGUGGCCCUGGAGUGGAGCCAGGCACUGAGGUUCUGCCAGAGGUUCCACGGCGGCUCUUUGCUCACCCUGAGCAGCCCUCAGGACCUGGCCUGGCUGCAAGAGGAGCUGCAGGUUAGCGUCUGGACCGGUCUCCGCAGCAGCAGCGAUAGUGGUGGCAGAAAGGACCUGUUGCGCUGGGCCGACGGAAGCCCCCUCAGUGCAUCUUUGCAACGCUUCCUGGUUUCCUGGGGGGGCCCUGGUAGCACAAUCUGCACUCUGGCCCUGCCCACUGGCUUCCUGAAGGCCGAGCCCUGCCACCGGCCUCACCGGUGGGUCUGCCAGGCUUUGCAACAGAGCGACCUAUAUGUUACCUUCCCAGGGAAAUCCUUCCAUGGGGCUCCUUCUGCAGACCUCAGCUUCUCCUCGCUCCAGGUGGCCCAGCGCCAGUGCAGCACUUUGGGCCCCGGCUGCAAUGUCGUGGUCAGCACCUCGGCCGGCCACCGUCUCAGCUUUGGGAGGCGCUUGGUCACCCUUGAGGGCCCCACCACUGACCCUGCGGCCGUUAUCCACGUCAAGACGCGGUGCUCCCCCGGCUACUCUGGCCAGGACUGCCAAUCCAUGUGCCCCCAGUGUGACCCCCGGCUGAGCUGCAACCCCCUGACUGGCCGCUGUGAUGGAUUCUUGCGCUACAGGCAGGCACCGGCCGUGGUCUACUCCCUGAAGUGCCUGCCCCUGGAGUCCUGGGUGUUUGAGCAUGGAGCCUGCUUAUCUUCGGAGCGCUACAGCAGUCAGGAGGAAGCAGCAUCCGUUUGCCAGAGGUAUCUGGGUGCCACUGUGCUGAAGGUCAAGCAGAAGGCCUCCAAUGGCUCUUCUGGAGUCCAAGCAGGGGACUUGGAGGCCAGCCGUUUCCUUUGGGCUUGCCGGCGAGAUGAAGAUAUCGAGCUGCCAACUUUUCAGGAGAAGCUGCUGGUCUCCCUCCGGGGCUCGGCUUCCCAGCAAUGGCGACGUCACGGCUCCCUCCAAGAAGCCAGGGAUGCCUGCCACCUGCAGAAGGAGCACUGUGGGGGCUUCCUGAGCUUGAGGGGUAGCCAUUACACAGUGGCUGGGACCGUACUGGUGGAGAGCCGCGGCUCAGGGGCCCUGCUACAUAUCAAGACAGGCUGCUCCCUGGGCUUCUGUGGCGGGCGGUGCCAGAGGCGCUGCUCCCCCUGCUUGAGCACCCGCGUCUACAACCCCUUGACUGGCCGGUGCGAUGGCUCCCUGCGCUGUGCCCGCCACUCCAGCCCUUCAUGCCUCCACGGUUUGGUGAACUCCAGAUGUCCUCAGGGGCCUGGAUGGUGGUUCUGGGAUGGACAUUGCUAUUACAUCGAGGAGCAUGGCAGCAAGAAUUGGCAAGGGGCACGAGAUGCUUGCCAGGCUCAUGGAGAAAGCAUAAUGCUCUUGACUCUCAGCAGUACAAAAGAAAAGGCCUGGGUUGCUGCCAUGGUGCGGAAGGACAGCUGGGUGGGCCUGAAUGAUUUGGAUGGAGAUGGCACGUGGACCUGGGCUGCGGGGCAGAACCUGCGCCCCCCUUUUCCUUGGAUGGCUGGGGUACGGCUUAAGGUGGGCAAUUGCCUGGAGAUGAAGCGCCGAGCAAAGCAGGCCCUGGCUGCCUCCCCUUGCUCAGGACACAAAGCAUGGGUCUGCAAAGGGGCUUUGGCCCCAAAGAGUUCCUGCCCGUCAGAGCCCGGCUGGAGGCCAUGGAACGGCAGCUGCUACUUCUGGGACCCGCUUUCGGUCGGAGGGUGGCACGAGGCUUUGGCUUCUUGCCGGAGGUUCAGGAACACAGAGCUGCUGUACUUGACCUCGCUCCGGGAGAAGGACUGGGUCCACUCAAACUUCCAAGGCUCUUUCUGGACCGGCCUGAAUGACCUGCAGGAGGAAUCGGUCUUUCGCUGGACUACACAAGAGCCCCUCAGCAGACCUGUGGCACAGUAUUUGCAGGAUGACAUGGCAGAUGGUGGCCUGAAGGACUGUGUGUGGUUUGACUCGGUGACCGGACUUCUCCGUGACGCCCGCUGUGAGGAGGAAAGGCCCUUCCUGUGCAAAAGCAGUGAAGCCACUGACUGGUUUGAGGAGCGCCCUGGCCUCAGUGUGACAGAUGGGGACCCUGUGCCACUCUUGCCCUCCUCCGAGAGCCUGAUGCAGGCCAAGCAGGAGUGCCUGUGGGAGCGCAGCGUCUGCAUCGCGGUCCUCCAGGCCGUCUCCGGCUUCUUCUUGGUCAGCUCCAUGGACAGGGUUGUCUCCAAGCCGGACUCGGUGCUCUACAUCUGGACCAUUUGCACAGAGGGAUUCCACGGCCCAGAUUGCCGCAGGGCCUUGGAGCGCCCGCCUCCCCCGGCCUGUGACUGCAGUGGCAGAUUCCAGACCACAGCGGAAAGAGUUUGUGGCGUCCUGGUGCAGACGUGUGUGGAUGACUGUCGGCGAAGAACUGCCUGGAGUAACUGCUCGGUGUGUCUGCCGGCCUGCACGGAGGCCACCCUGAGCCACCUGGAUCCCGAGGAAGUCGCCCUCAUCACAAUGAUUGAGUACAAGGUGUCGCACUCUCUCAACCUCACGGCAGAAGACGAAAGGGACCGGAGGAACUCCUCCAAGAUCAUCUAUGAUGCCAAAUACCCAUGAUGUUGCCGCAUCCCGAAGAAGGAAUGGCAAUAAAAGUUUGUGGAGA